AUGUUCCUCCACUCGGCUCUACUCGGGACGAGCUGCGACCCGUGCGGCGCAUCUGCCUCCUACACCGAGACUAUCGACGCCAGCGGUACGCACCACAAGCGGACGAUUGUCAGCAACGGCUGCCCAAACCACUACAACCUGUGCACCGGCAAGAGCGACGCCGCGGGAUGCGGCGCCAUCGGCGUGGAGGGGACUGCGACCGAGGCUCUCGAGAUCGCCUAUCAGAUAGACAUCCCUGCCUACCCGGUUCUCGCGACAGAGAACGACGCCUGGCCUGAGUGUGAAAAGGAAACCAUCGCGAUGGCUCUCAAUGGCGUGCCAAUCUACUCGGGUGCCGUGGGAUCGGGCGAUUGCGACAUCCUCGACCUCGACGACGCAAAUGCCGAGUGGACCUCGUUCGACUUUUGCGGCGGGCACGCUCGCUGCCUCGCCUUUGAGUGUAACGGCGACUACCAUUACCACUUCCCGCCGUCGUGCCUCGAGACGCAGAUCGGCAACCUGACCGACGGGCACUCGCCCCAGAUCGGCUGGUCCCUCGACGGCUUCCCGAUCUAUGGGAGACUCGGCCCUGGAGGUGUCACCAUGGAGCACACGGCGCAGGGCUGCACCGGCACCUACUGCCUGGACGACUGCUCGGGCUUCGAGAUGGAGAUCCCUGGCCUCGAUGAAUUCACGUACCGGUACUACUUCAAUGGCCCUCUGUCCGACCUCGUCUCCCUCCCCACAGAUCCCAAGCCGUCCGCCUCCGACUACCCCUUUGCCAUGAAGUGCUACCGUGGGUGCACCUAUGCCGACUUGUCCGCCGGGGCGGCAAAGUGUAGCGGGGGGUCUUCAGGCUACACGAACGCUUACACGGCGACAGCGCUGGCUGGAGUGACGGACAUCUUUUACUCGGAACCCUCGAUGGCCGCUGCCGGCUGCAUUGGCGGCAUCAUCGGCGGCUGCUUUGUUCCCGUGCUCCUGCUUGGCCUGUGGGCGAGCGGCGCGUUUGGCUCCAAGUGCCCGUCGCCCGUUCUCAAGCCGCAGAAGGGCGCCAUCCCGAGCUCUUGA